UCACAGAUACUAAUUUCGGUGACCAUUCGCAAUUCACGUCGAUUCCACGCACUCGUUAUCAUCACUUAUAAUAUUGCCUGCAACGAGCAAUAUUCAUGGAGGGGAAGUUUUGAAAGCUCGGGCAGUUAACUGCCGAUCGUUGGAUCGCAUAGAACUGCACAUUUCUUGUUCUAAACCAGCUCAAACUAUCGUUACGCUUGUCUCUGUAGGAACACCAUUGCAAGGCAAAAUGCAGCUUCGUUGGUUGCAGUGCUUUUGUUUGUGGGUGUUAUUGAGAUGGACAUCUGCUCAAGUACAUUAUGGAAGCUAUUAUGAUCAUCAAUACGCCACAGGUCAAGGGGCAAACUAUGACGGAACGGGACAGCAAAAACCACAUCAACAAGGUGCAUAUCAAAUGACUACUAGACCAACGAGCAACGAGUUCGCAGCAUCCGGCGGUUAUCAGCAACCUGCAAAAAAUUAUGUAACUCUCAAUAGAGGGAUAACAAGCACCACUCCUAGAUCAAAUGAUAGAUUACCUCCCCCACACAUUUGCACCAUUGUCACCGAACACUACGAUUGUCAAAUAAAGUACGUCUAUCUGAAAGAGGGACAAUCUGCCAGAUUUGGAUUGGAGAAUAAUGCGCAGAAGGCUAUAACCUUUCAGGAUUCCCAAUUGGACUAUCUUCCGAAAAGUCUAAUCGAUGCUUUCCCAGAAAUGAACCUAUUAAACCUAGAGAAUCUCGGCAUUAAAGCAAUUGAAACGAAAGCAUUCCAAAAUGCGAGACAUUUGGCGACACUUUACUUAAAGGACAACGAACUAACCAAAAUAUUCGAAGGAUCUUUCGAAGGUGGUCAAGGCAUAACCUUUUUGGAUCUCUCCAAUAAUUCUAUUCACACUGUAGAAGACUAUGCUUUAUCUACGUUACCUCGUCUGGCCUUUCUUUAUAUUAAUUCGAAUCGACUUAUGAAUUUACCAAUAAUGGAGUACAACCGAGACCUAGUGGUUUUCAAUGCCUCACAUAACAGUAUAAAGAGUUUUACUGAUAAUCUACUCGAUAACAACUACAGGAUGCAGAGCCUAGACCUUUCAUUCAAUGACAUCCGUGACCUGGACUUAAGACAAUUCAACGACAAAUCGGACCUUCGAUUUAUUGACGUGAGCUUCAAUAAUCUAGAGGAGCUUUUCAUCCCAACAUUCGUGCAGACUUUAAACGCAAAAAACAAUUCCAUUGGAUCUCUAUCAACUGAGCAGUGCGUUGUCGAGGACGUGAUUCUUGCCCAUAACAAUUUGAAAGACGUACACGCUUUAUUUAAAUGCAGACUAAUCAAACACUUGGACUUGUCACACAAUCUUCUAGAAGAGUUCAAUUUUAACCUAGCUGUAAAUAUGGUUGGAUUAAUCUUUUUGAAUUUAGCGCAUAACCAUUUGUUCCAAAUCCAUACGACGCCGCAAUUAAGGUUAAGUUUGAAAUUUUUGGACCUUUCUCAUAACCAUUUGAGUUACGGCGCAAAAACUACGGCAUUUGACCAACUUCAAGAGCUUCAUCUACAGCAUAAUGAGUUGAUUACUUUUGACUUUAGUUCUAUGCACUAUUUGAGGACCGUCUACGUCGCCAGCAACGAAUGGAGCUGUAGUGCGAUAGUAUCAUUGGUGCACAAGGUCGCAGAUGCAGAACAUGCCGAUCGUUGUGGGCUUAACUUCCAAAAUAAAGCUGGUAUCUGCUGUAGGGAUUAUAACCGCCCCUAUAAUGAUCGGUUGAAUGAAGUGCUAAGUGAAGCUUUCUUUCACGAGCAACAAAACAGACAGAACAUGGAGAAAUACUGCAAAUCGAAACAAUUUGAUACCCAAACCGUUAGCCCCCAAGAUAUUGCUCAUCUUCGCGAAGUCGCAGCUAGUGCCGAUGCAGAAAAGCGAGAGAUUCUAAACAAACUAGCGGCAGCGCAAGAAACGGAGAAAAUGCUCGUUGAUGACAUAAGCAGGAUUAAUGUGCACCGAAUAGCAUUGAACGCCAAACGCACAACAUUAACCAACGAUAUUGAACAGCUGAGAAGAAUGUAUAAGGUGGAGAAGGAAGGACUAAUCAGCGAUAAGGAAAUGCUUAGUCGAGUGGUGAAGUUUGUUAAAGAAAGAGGUGAAUUUUACAGUAAUAUUCUUGAAGAAAGGAAGAAAACUUCAAAGGAAACGAUCGAUCGUAUAGAAGAUCUGAAAAGAAAUAAAUCUGAAUUAGAAGGUUCCGUUGACGCAAUGGAAGCCGAGCUUGCCUCCAUGAAAGCCGAAGAGAUGAAAUUGAAAAAGGAAAAAGAGAAGCUGGAAAGACAGGCCAACAGAAAUGCUCUCAGCCUCCAUGGAACGUCUGGAAGGAUCGCCUAAUGGAUUGAGUUACAACUAGCAAGCUUUACUGGAUCAGGUGGGUAUACCUGUUCCACUCGAAUGAGUUCUUUUCAAAGGAAAUUGAAUUGUUAGUUCUAAUGAAUUAAAGAACAUCGGUCUAAUAAAUGAUGAUUUUGUUUCUUUUUGAUAAAUUUUA